AUGACUACAGAACGUCCUUUCGGUGCACUAUUUCGAUGUGAUUUCGAUUCCACAGCAUGUUUUGCAAAUGAUCAACUGAAACGAACUAGUGGUAAUGAAUUUAAUCCUAAUGGAAUUUCUACUAGCUUAGAACGUCCUAAAGCACCAACUUCGGAUGUUACAUCUAUUACCCUUCCAACAAGUAACAAUCAAAAAUGCCAUUUACCUUAUCGAUUACCAUUUAAUGGUAGUAUCGAUAUCGGUAUAUGGGAUCUGAACUUUUGUUAUAAUAAUCAAUGUAGAACACCGAAUGGACUGACAGCAACAUGUCAAUUAGGUUUAUAUGGUCUAGUAUCACUUAAUGCAUCAGAACCAUUGAAGACAAUCAAUGGCUCAGUCGAUUUUAACCUUACUCUAGGAGAUUCAAUUGGAGAACAAUGUCUUCGAUUUUAUUAUUAUUUUACUUUUGAUGAAGGACAAGAUUGGGGCCAGCAGAUUCAAGUGUGGAUAAGAUCUACUGAUGAAAGUGACAAUGAACUUUUAAUUACGAAUCUUACAAGAAAUGAUACAAUAGAAAAUAAAUGGCAAUUUCACGAUGUCACAUUUAAUUCAACAUUUUCUAAUUAUACAUUAGCUUUUUCUUUUCUUAUUGAUAACGAAACUGAAAUAGAACAAUCAAUAUUGAAUCAAACGAUUUAUUUUGCAUUAGAUAAUAUAGAAAUAUAUGAUUAUAACUGUUCAUAUGUCAAUGAUACAUUGGCUAGUUUGACAACUCCACCGAGCACUACAGUAGGAGUGACUCCGCCAGGACCAAAUGCAGGAUUAAUUGCCGGUCUCACAGUCGGACUCGGAAUCCCUGCUUUAAUUUGUAUCACUGUUGUUGGUUAUUUUUAUAAAAGACAGAGAGAUAUCUAUGAUAGGGAACGCUUCGAUAUUCCGAUGAUGCCUAGAAGUUAUCGCGCAACUACGAAACCAUUAAAGAAUGCAUGA